CGGUCACUCCCAAAAAAAAAAUUUUGGUUACCCGCUCGUUACUCCCUCUUCUUCUCAUGUACUUAAUUCUUUUUCCCUUUUAAUCUCAAAAUUCCAUGAGUUCCUUUGCCCCAACAUCUCGUAAUACCGUUCAAAUCCCUAAACCUUUUCUUUUUCUCUCCAUGAAUUUAUAUAUAUAUAUGCAUAUAACAAAUGAUUCAUUGAUUUGGGGUUUUGUUUCUAUCUGAAUCAGGACAAAAGGGUUUCCCGAUCUAUACCAAAAGACCACAGGGAUUGAUCUAUGGAAUUCCUUUUUCAGCAGUGUAUUUUCUUUUUCCUUUUUCAGUUUUGUUCGAUUUUUUUACUUAUUUUCUUUCUCUCUCCACUGUUUCGAAGCCAGCUUCUCUUUUGUCAAAGCCAUUGGAGCUCGAUAAUUAUUCUCAGCUUCAAGUGAUUCAGCUUCGUUCGAAUCGAUUGAUCGGUAAUGUAACGGCGGAUUUCUCUCGGUUGUCUCAUUUAAAAGAGCUUGAUUUGGGUUCUAACAAGUUAAAUGGUGAAAUCCCAGAAGAAAUCGCCUUACAGGUAACAUACCAGAUUCAUUUUCAAACAUUUCUAAUUUGAAGUACUUGAAUUUAUCUAGAAAUAAUCUUGAAGGUGAGAUUCCAAGCAGAUUAGGUUCUUUAUUCAAUGAUAGUUCUAUAUUUCCAAUGAAUGAAAAUUUAUGUGGUAAGCCAUUAAAUAAUGACUGUAAAAAUGUGAGAAAAAAGAAACAGAGGAAGCUGAUUUUGUUGAUUGCUAUGGUCGUUGGUGGUAUUGGGCUAUUUGUCGUGUUUUGUUGCGGUUACAUUUACAGUCUUCUACGGUGGUGGAAGAGGUGGAUGACCGGAGAGAAGAAGCGGAGUACGGGUAGUGCUAGUUCGGGAGCAGAUCAAAGUCGUGGAAGUUCAACUUCUUUUCGUUGAAGUUCAACUUCGCUGACUCAGUAGACUUUGAGAAUAUUAGACCUCCUGUAAUGGAAGGCUUAGAUACAUUAAUCAUGAGAAAGAAACAAUCUUCAAAGUCAAGUAGCCUUGAAAGCAAUGGUAGUUCUUCAAAUCAAACAUCACCUGCAUCUCAAUGGUUUUCUUCAAAAUCAUCAAAGAAGAUUUACUAUCCUGUUAUCCCUCUGUUGUUCUCCUUGAUGUGGAUAUUUCUUGUGAAGAAGUAUUUACAUUUUGUUGUUUAUUCAUGCUUACAGAAUAGGAGCAAAUGGUUUAGAGAACUCCCUUGGGAAGAAAGUUUGCGGGAUGCACACGAGUUUGGAAAACUUGUUCUAUUUUAGAACUUGGAUCCAGCUUAUGCUUCAGCAGAAGUGGAGGGUCAUCCUGAAGAAUUAGGAUCACUUGUUGAAGUUUUAAAGAGUGGAAUGGUUACAAGUGAUUCAGGACAUCAAUACAAACUUCAAAGUGAUGCAAAAUGUGAUACAAUGGGAACCUUGUGGCGUAUUCUAGGAGUAAAUAAUGGUGCUCAGAGAGUCUUUGGUGAAGCCACUGGAUUUUCUCUUCUGCUAACCACCCUCCAUAGUUUUCAGGGUGAUGGUCACUCAGAAGAACCUUAUUUAUUAGUUUACAUCAAAGUCUUCACAUAUUUAUUGCGCCUUAUGACAGCAGGGGUGUGUGGUAAUACUAUUAAUAGGGCAAAACGGCAUGCUAUCAUAUCAUCACAUACAUUUUAUGAUCUUCUAUCCGAGUCUGGCUUGCUGUGUGUGGAUUAUGAGAAGCAAGUGAUACGUCUAUUGUUGGAACCUGCUCAAAAGUUUUUCUCUAAGGGUUAUUGCUUUGAGUUCAUUAUAAGAUUUCCUUGAUUAAGUAAAUGUAUUAUAUCUUUUAUUACCAAGAUUUACUUGAUUAAGAAAAUGCAUUCUAUGUUUUAUUA